UUAACAUUUCUUAAUGGAUCUAUUUAAUUUCACUUGCUGUAGAAUUCCUUUGGGUCCUUCCCCAGAGGGUGUGCUUGGUGCCUGUCUUCUGGCAGGAGAGAGUCAAUAUUAACUGGGUUGAUAAACACGUCCCCUCCCUGUGGAAAUAGCUUGGUAACAAAGACCUUCUGAGAUAUUGAAAAGUUAGACCAGUGGGUGGGAGGAGAAGGGGCGAGCUGCAGUUGGGACAGAAUUAAGGGUAAAAGUGAGGGGUCAUGUGUGGACAACCCAGCAGUGCACAACCCUUUUGCUGGUUUUUCACUGACUUAAUACUGUUUUGCAAAUUGCUGCUGUUUUCUUUCUGUUUUCCAGCUCUGUUUUCUCUGUCUUGGCUCACGAAGUCCUGUGGUACCUGAGCUUAAAACUGCUGAGAAUGAGUGUGAAUUAACCAUGCACCUGACAAGUUAUAGGUGUGCCAUCUGUAGCCACCACUUAUGGUGACGAUGGUGGCAGAAGCAACUGUUUGGGGCCACAUCUCUGUAGUGUUUAAUGAAAACAUGGCAACCUUUUAUGGCACCCACUGUGUACCUGCUGUUUCAUUCAUUCACUUAUCAUUUUGCCAUCUCCACGUCCCUCCCAGGACAGUGAUAGUUACUUAAUAUUUAAAUAAACUCAGUUCUUAAAUACAUAUAUUUUUAAAAGGGACUUUCUAAUACUUGUAGUAAUGACAUAAUAAGAAUAAAAGGAAAAGGAAAAAUCCUUUGUGUGGGGGGGAUGUUUUGGGACAAGUCGAUGAAUGAAUGUGCAUAAAGUGCCAGCACAUAGUAGGUGCUCAAGAAACUCAAGGCAACUUCAAUCCUGUUGCUCUGUCCAGCCUGGAGGACUUCUUAAAGGAAGAAACACCACGAGCUGCAUGAAUAGAGCAAAGGUGCGAGGUGGACCAGGCUUGACUCUCUUUCCUCCCUCCCAUUCCCAGGUCACCCCUCACCCCUGGAAGCCAUGACAGAGGCCAGAAAGCUGCCCCCACCACUGCCUCCAAGACUGGACUGGUUCGUGCAGACUCAGGUGGACCAGCUGACCUGUGGAGGGGUCCCUGAGUGGUUCCAUGGUGCCAUCUCGAGAGAGGAUGCCGAGAACUUGCUGGAGUCACAGCCACUGGGAUCCUUCCUCAUCAGGGUCAGUCACAGCCACGUGGGCUACACGCUCUCUUACAGAGCUCAGAACUGCUGCCGCCACUUCAUGGUGAAACUUUUGGACGAUGGGAGUUUCAUCAUCCCUGGGGAAGAGAGAGCCCAUGCCUCUCUAGAUGCCUUGGUCACCUUCCAUCAGCAGCAGCCGUUGCGGCCACACGGGGAUCUGCUGACACAGCCCAGACAGCAGAAGGAUCCAGCAAAUGUGGAUUAUAAGGAUCUCUUCCUUUUCUCCAACGCAUUGGCUGAGGAAGCCACCAGCUCUGCUCUUGGCCUCAGCAAACAUCAGAAUCCCUCCUCUUGUCCCAUGGCCCCACUUGAGGAGUUUCAGGCCUUCACAAACCCAGUCCUGCUCCAUCGGCGGAAAGAAAGGAAGCCGUUGGCAGAGCCGGACGGGGCCUCCACGGAGGAAGCUACUUCCUCCUGCCCCCCAAAAGGUCCUCUUGAGAAGGCCCACCAGAAAAUCUGGAGGAAUCUCAAGAUGCUCCCCUGGACGGGCAAGAAGGUCCAGCAGCAGCUGAAAUCCCAGCUGGUGGCUGUGAGCUCCUCAUCGCUCUGGGACGCCAGGCCAUUGGUGGUGACCCACGGCUCCGGAGCUGGAGCAGAGGACUCAGCCUGGAAAAAUAACGUCUGCACAGACCCCUUUGUGGCCACAUCCCUCACAAGCCCCUCACAGCCCCAAGCUCCAAGAAACAGAGAUGAGCCCUCCAGGAGAGCCUCAAGGUUGGCCAGCUGGAGUGAGACAACCUCGAGGGUCAGGGACUUGCACCAGGCAGUAGUGAGGUCCCUGUCCUCACAGGCAUCCAAACCGGAGCCAAGGGGCUUGAAAGAACCACAGGACUGUCUCCCUGAAGAGUACCGCUCACCGCCACCCUUCGCCCCUGGGUACUGCUAGGUUCGCCCUGGCUCUGGGACCCUCUCUGCCGGGGGGCCGUUCACACCUGGACCUUUUGCUCUCUGCCGUGACUCAC